AUGGUCAAAUUCGCUGCUUCCAUCUUGCUUCCAUCCUUGUUGCUGUUGUUGCUGUUGCAUGUGCUGCUCCAUACGCACAGCAGACGAGACCUCAGUGAUCUCGACCUGUUGAAGCGCAAGAUUCCUUCCGAACUCGGCGAUAUUUGUGCUCGGCACGACUUUGGCAACCCAGCCCUUCUCGAGCGGGCCUUUGCCAGAACGCUCCGUAGACCAAGACUGUCACGUGUCCAUCUACGGAUUCUUCAAUCCACGUGA